GCAGAGAGCAAAAUUUCGAACAACUCAUAAUUGCCUAUCCUGAAGAUCCCAACAAAUUCAUUAUCUGUGCCAACAACAAAGGGACCGAAUCUACCUGUGGAACUGAAUGUUUUGACACUGGUACUACCAAAUGCAUUGCUUGUCCCCCGGCAAGUGCUAAUAAUCCUUGCACUGGCAAAGAUGCCUUGGAUGUGGUAUCGGAUAAUUGUCAAAAUUAUAACAUUUGCAUGGGUGGCACCAAAGGAGAUAGUGUUACCAUAACCUGUCCCGCCCAUCAACACUAUUGCGAACGUGAGCAGAAAUGUACCGCAGCCAUAGAAGCCGAUUGUUUGCCUAUUAACAAAUGGUGUGAGAAAAAACCUAAUGGCCUUAAAUUUGAAGCCACAAAAUGCUAUGAAUACUAUGAAUGCUGGAAUAAUAAAAUCACCUUGCAAACAUGUCCCUACAAUCAACAUUUCCACAAGGAUAAACGCAUGUGUGUGGCGGGAUCUUGUGCCAAUGAAGAUGGCACCACCACAGAACGGUUGCCAAAAUGUACCAUCGACACUGAGGGUAAAAAAAUGCCCCAUUCCAAGUGUUAUAAAUAUUAUGUCUGCUUGAAUGGCAUUAUCUAUACCGGCCAAUGUGGCGCAGGCUAUUAUUUCAAUGAAGAGUCCAAAACUUGUGUUAAAGAUAUCUAUGAUGUAUGCAACGAUGAGUAGGCAAAGUGCUACACAAAUUAUUGAUUAUACAAAAUCAA